UGGUGCAGCGCCCCCCACAGGCGUUUUGACAGUACGAAAGUGAAACGCAGCAGCUUUUCGAACCGGAGCAAGUUCGACGGAAAAUGUCAUCUCGAUGGCCGACUCUAAGGUCACRGUGGAGGACAUCGAAGGGGAGCUGAUCAAGAUUGAGCGGAUACGUGAGAUCCUCGUACGACGAGAAUCAGAGCUAAGAUACAUGAUGGAUGACAUUCAGCUCUGUAAAGAAAUUACAAGGCUGAAACAGGAGCUGCAGAAACUUGUCACAACUCCAGACAAAGACAAGUCCACAGAAGACGGAGAGAAGGAAGAGGAACUGCUGAAGCAGAUAAACAAGCUGGUGGAGACCAGAGACUUCCUGGUGGACGACGUGGAGUUUGAACGGCUCAGGGAAAGAGAGGAAGACAAGGAGAUGGCAGCUUUCCUGGAGUCCAAAUUUCCCAAUUCUUUGGCCAAAAAAGGUUCUCCGCGAGAUSGAAGGGUUGCAUCACAAUCCCAGCAGACAUCCAGUCCGUUUCUCACGAAAGCCGGACUGACGCUGCUGAAGGACUGCUGCGGCUUCACCUGCUCCGUCAUGUGAAGGAGUGAAAAGCUGCAUGUGUGUGUGUGUGUGUG